AUGGCGAGCUUUCCUUGGUCUUGAAUAUGUGUUACGCUUAAUGAAGCUAUCGUCUUCUAUGUACAAUCUUUCUUUGAAAUUUGGUACUGGGCCACAACAGUGCGCUACACGUCUUCCUUGCACGCAUUCGUAGCCGUAUGGGCAGAAUCUGUGAGCACAGCUUUUACCAAUCCACACCUCCUCACCGUGAGAUACAGUUCGUUUUAGUAUUUUACCUAUACGACAGGGUGGUUGGCGAAUUUCAUACUCCCAUUGCCUUUCAUUAGCACUGUCACAGCAUAG